AUGGCCAGAUCUUGCCAGCGCAGGAAAUCCGAGUGGAGCCCCAACGCCCCAUCCCCGGAGGCCGAUAGAGAUGUCCCUCGUCCAUCCCGGGAGGCCGGCACCAGGACUCGACCGAGGGUCGCCAGACGCGCCGACUUCGGCGGUUUCCGGAGGGGCCAGGGGCGCGCCUGGUGGAAGGUGAGAGGCGGAGUUGCUCGGUUCUGGGCAGAGACCAAAGGAAUGAGUAAUUGGAAAUUCGGGAACGUAGCCCCUUACCCCGAGCCCUUUAGCUCUUUCACCCCAAACCCCCUGCGGAGAGGCGAAGGGACUGGAGACAGGGAGACGGACCGUGGAGAAGCCAGUGCAAAAGGAGAAGAGGGAGCGAGGAGCGGCUGGGGCGCGAGCUCCUGCCUUCCCCCGCGGCGCCCGGCCGCUGGCAGCCUCGUGCGCUCGCCGGGGUCGCCGCUCUCCGGUCCCGCGCGCACCAUGUGGCAGGCGACCCGGCCCUUACCCCGCGCGCCCUGGCGUUGGGCGCUGGCGCUGCUGGCCCUUGGCGGCGUGGAGCUGUGCCACGCCGGCCCGCAGCCCGCGUACCCCGCGCGGCCCAGCGCCAGGAACAAGAACUGGUGCGCCUACAUCGUGAACAAGAACGUGAGCUGCUCGGUGCUGGAGGGAAGCGAGAGUUUUAUCCAGGCUCAGUACAACUGUGCCUGGAACCAGAUGCCCUGUCCGUCGGCGCUGGUGUAAGUUCUGGAGCAGAGCA